AUGACCUGGGAAGUGGAGAGAAUUAAGAAACUACUCGCUGUGCAGCCUAAAUACUUCGAAUUGGUCAUGAGAAGGCGUUUAUUUGAGAACCAAAACAGAAUUGACAUAGAUUUUGUAAAUGAUAACAAUUUUGAGUCAGAAUUCAACUCCAAUUUAUCACAAAUAAUUUCUAAAUACUCAAAAACAGAGAGGUUCAUACAAAACACCGAAAAUGAAGAAAAUGAAAAAAAUAAUUUUUCAAAUUUUUCAUUUUCUGAAAUACUUGACAGCUUUUACAAACCAGGGAAUGUAUUAGGUAACGGGUUCGUGUAUUCCUAUGAAGAACCAACGAAUGACGUCGUUUAUAUCAGAAUUAAAAACUCAAUUAACUUGGAUGAAGAACUUUUAGAGGAUUUUCCAAUUUUUCUGACUAUAUUUGGUAAGACAGGAGUCGAUGGAAUGUCACAAAAAGAGUUUGACAAUUUAAUCGAAAAAUUCACCGGAGGAAUCUCAAUUAAGUACUUGGUUUCAGCUAGUUAUGAUUCAGAGGAUACCGCAAACUUGACCAUUAUCAUUGAAGGAAAGUCUCUUUCGAAGAAUGCGAAUAAUUUAAUCGAAUACAUGACUUCUCUCAUUAGUAAACCCAAUUUGAUUGAUCCUAUCUUGAUGAUGGACAUUUUACAAGAGACGUAUGAUUUGUAUACUAAGCAUUUGAUGAUAAAUGCUACAUUAUUCUCCCAAAUGUUCUCUGCUGCAGCUCUUUCGCGAGGGGCAGCACUGCAAGAGAUGUUAUUUGGCGUUACUUUUUACAAAAGGCUCGGAAAAUACUUGAAUAAUGACAAAAGAGAAAAUAUCUUGGAUUUGAUCUCAAGAUUAUACGACAAGAAGUUCAUAAAUGGAGAUUUCUCAGCUUCACUUCAUUGCAACUGCGAAAGCCGCCAGAGAAUUGAGAAAAGACUCCUUUCAUUAAUGGAAAAAUUAAAUUCUCACCAACCGAUCGAAAAAGGAAUUGACACAAUUAGAUUAUUUAUUUCGGAGAUGUCAAUUUACCAAAAAUCAGCUUUCAAGUCCGACCAUUCACUUUCAUCUGUCACUUUUUCAAUUCCUGUUCCUCCUAUUGGAAAAAAAAUCGCAGCAGCUUACUAUGUAACAGCGAAAAUGAUAUGCAAAGGGUAUCUCAACGAGAUUGUCGAUAGUUCUUACGGUGAAAGAGUCGAUGAAAAUACAAGUGAUCCAUUGAUAAGUGUCAUUUAUUUCACCAUUGAAAAUGUCAAAAACGUGACAGAAAUGAGUGACAAAAUGAUGUCAAAAUUGAAGAGUAUAAACGAAAGAACAUUUACAGAAGAAGACAUGAGGAAGUGUAUAUAUGCAAUCCUUAAGAGAAUCAAUGCUCCUCGAGAUCCUUCUACAAGAAACAUUGAUACGUUUUUGAGUGGAUUUUCAAUUGAAAACAAAACAACAUUUUUCAGAGAUCUCUUUUAUUUGAACUUGAGUGACAUUUAUACAGCAAUUAGAUCAUUCAUGAGCUCUAAGAUACACAUUGCUGUUGUUGCAAAAUCAUCUGAAAUCAAACAAAUAGAGAAUUUCUCUGUGAUUCAAUAUACUUCUGAUUAA